AUGGCGUGGAGGAAAAAGAGCGGCGGCGAUCAGUCGUCGGCCGGUCCCUCGGAUUGCUACGCCGACGACGGCGAGAAGGUCCCGAGAGGGCACGUCCCCAUGGUCACCGGCUGCGGCGAGCGAGUGCUGGUGCCGGUGAGACUCCUCGCGGCCCCCUGCAUAGCGGAGCUUCUGGACAUGGCGGCCGAGACCUACGGGUACAGCCAGCCGGGUGUGCUGCGGAUCACCUGCGACGCAGGGCAUUUCCAGCGGGUCAUCGACGACGUCCUGGAGAGAGCCGGCUAA